AGCUGACCUGUUGACCCUGUACGAGCGGGUGAUCCUAACAGACAUAGAGUUCAGUGACAGUCAGAAUCUGGACCAGGCUCUAUGGAAGAACGUGUUCUACCAGGUUAUAGAGCGCUUCAGACAGCUCCUCAAAGACCCUAGUGGAGACUCAACCCUGCGCAUCACCCCCAUGCUGCUCACUCUGCUGGACGAGGGGACGGUAUUCUUUGAUGCACUGCUGCAGAAGCUUCAGACGGUGUUUCAAUUUAAACUGGAGGAUUACAUGGACGGCAUGGCCAUCAGACCACGUCCACUACGCAAGACGGUGAAGUAUGCUCUGAUCAGUGCCCAGCGGUGUUUGAUCUGUCAGGGGGACAUCGCCCGUUACCGGGAGCAGGCCAGCGACUCGGCGAACUACGGCAAGGCCCGCAGCUGGUACCUGAAGGCCCAGCAGAUUGCUCCUAAGAACGGACGGCCUUACAACCAGCUGGCCCUGCUGGCUGUUUACACGAAGAGGAAGUUGGAUGCAGUGUAUUACUACAUGCGUAGCCUUGCUGCCUCCAACCCCAUCCUCACUGCCAAGGAGAGUCUCAUGAGUCUGUUUGAAGAGGCCAAACGCAAGGCGGACCAGAUGGAGCGGAGGAGGAAGCAGGAGUCGGAGGGGGGGUCCAGGGGCCCCGGGGUCCGAGGAGGAGGACGGGGGGAGGAGGGGGCCAGGGUGGAGAUCUGGGUCGGCCCUAUUGGACAGGCAGGGGUUCCAUCAUCACACCGCGGAGGCAGCGAGUCCAGCAGAGACUCUGAACAGGAAGGGGAACUGGGUAACCUCAGCCCGAGUGAUCUCAAUAAGAGGUUUACUCUCAGCUUCCUCCACGCUCACGGAAAACUCUUCACUAAAGUGGGCAUGGAGUCGUUCCCUUCGGUGGCCAGUCGGGUUCUCCAGGAGUUCACGGUGCUGCUCCAACACAGCCCCUCCCCUCUGGGCAGCACACGCAUGUUGCAGAUCAUCACCAUCAACAUGUUCACGAUACACAACGCUCAGAGCAGAGGAGGAGACAGUGAGGUGAGAUCUGUGUUACAGGAACAGACUACAGCUCUGGGUCUGGCCAUGUUCUCUCUGCUGGUCCAACGCUGCACAGAGCUGCUGAGAGACACACCCGCAGAGCCCAUCCCAGAGGAGGAGAGAGAAGACGGGCAGGAGGGGAUGGUGAGAGUUUCUGCCUUUCCAUUGGACCUGAGGGAGCUGCUGCCUAGCGUCAAGGUCUGGUCUGAUUGGAUGCUUGGACACCCCAACCAAUGGAAUCCUCCACCUUGCCGUAUAGACUGUAGUCUUGAUGUGUGGCGUAGCCUGGCAGACCUGUGUAAUGCGUUGGCGCGUGUCGACCACGGCGAGGCGCCUCUGUACAAGGCAGACGGGGACGGAGGCGAGGGGGAUGAGGAGCUCCGCCUGCUGCUAUUGGAGGAGGACAGGCUACUGGCCGGCUUCGUCCCGCUGCUCGCCGCCCCACAGGAACCCUGCUACGUAGACUGCACCGGGGAUACAGCGAUAGCUGCUGACUGUAAAAGGGUAACAGUAUUGAAGUAUUUCCUGGAGGCUCUGUGUGGACAGGAAGAACCUCUCCUGGCUUUUAAAGGAGGGAAGUACGUCUCCAUGGCAACCUCUCCCCAACCCGGUCGCCCCGGCGACGCCCGCAGCAGGCAGGACUCGCAGACAGAGAGAGAGAGUGAUGACGUCAUCGUGGAGGCGGAGUCGUCUGUGUCGGACGGUGAUGAUGGUAGUGAGGAUGACAUCCGAGAGCUCCGGGCCAGACGCAGCGCCCUCACCAACAAACUGGCUGAGCAGCAGAGACGCAGGGACAAGAUACAGAGUGUGUACACCAUAGGGCUGGGCCGAUACCAGUACCGCAAUAUGUUUUCCACGGCAACAAAUGAAAACACAAAGCAGACCAAAACUCUGGUCUUUAAAAACCUGCUUCUGGCUGACAACGUGAGUCUGGCUGACAACGUGAGUCUGGCUUACAACGUGAGUCUGGCUGACAACGUGAGUCUGGCUGACAACGUGAGUCUGGCUGACAACGCGAGUCUGGCUGACAACGUGAGUCUGGGUGACAACGUGAGUCUGGGUGACAACGUGAGUCUGGCUGACAACGUGAGUCUGGCUGACAACGUGAGUCUGGCUGACAACGUGAGUCUGGCUGACAACGUGAGUCGGGCUGACAACGUGAGUCUGGCUGACAACGUGAGUCUGGCUGACAACGUGAGUCUGGCUGACAACGUGAGUCUGGCUGACAACGUGAGUCUGGCUGACAACGUGAGUCUGGCUGACAACGUGAGUCUGGCUGACAACGUGAAUCUGGCUGACAACGUGAGUCUGGGUGACAACGUGAGUCUGGGUGACAACGUGAGUCUGGCUGACAACGUGAGUCUGGCUGACAACGUGAGUCUGAGUGACAUCAUAAGGGCUGUUGGAAGUUAA